AUGGGCGGCACAAAUCUCGAAGUGUUCAAGUUCGGCAUGUACGUCAUGUUCCCCAUCGGGAUCAUGUACUACUUUGGCACGAACCUGGACGAGCGGUUCAGCGUGCCCGACUUCUGGCCAAAAGCCGAGCAGGGGAACAAGGUGCCCUUUGAGAAGGACGAGAUCCACGCGGAGCUGGCGCGCCUGCGCGCGCGCAGGCUGUACCUCCGGGACCAGCGGCUCGCCGAGGAGAAGCGGUUCAAUGGGGCUGGCGCGCAGGAGGAGGGCCAGCAACAGCAGAAGAAGAAGUCGGGGUGGUUUUGGUGA